GCUAGACAACUCGCGACCCAAGACAGCUCCUACCGGUGAUAGGCUUUUAAAGGCUUGGAGCACUGCGUCCAUCUGAAGGCGCAGGAGAGGGCUUGGAACGGCUUCUGACGCCAAUAUCUAGACUCAGUGAAUGCACUUUCUUGGUGGGCCUUCUUGGGGAAGAGAAGCCUUCGACCAGCUUGCCUAACUAGUUUCUACAAGGAAGCAAAUGUCCUCCUUUGGUGGCUCGAAAGGGUUUGGUAUUGGAGCAAAGCCCCCAUCAGCCGCGGGGCUGGAUGGGGUUGAAGCAGCGGGCACGCAGCAUGGCACUAUAAAAAGGAGGACAGAUAGUGACGGCGCAAUGGACAUGGAAAUUGAGCACGGACGAUCAGGUUUGGGGCCUGGUGCCCUGGGGAGCUCUCACAUGGGGACCUCUGGGAGUGCUGCUAACCUGUCGAGGAAGAAAGCCGUUCCUCCUCAACCUGCCAAAAAGCUGGUCAUCAAGCCCUUCAAAGAGAAACCCAAGCUGCCGGUGGACUUUGAGGAGAAAACAUGGUCUAAAUUGAAGGAGGCCGUCAAGGCGGUGCAUGAGAAGAGGCGCAUCGAGUACAGCCUGGAGGAGCUUUACAGGGCGGCGGAGAACAUGUGUGUGCACAAGAUGGCGAGCAAACUGUACGCACGGAUCCAACAGGAAUGCGAGGCCCACAUUGCAGCCAAGCUCCUGAGCCUUGUCGGGCAGACGCUGGAUCCAGUCGUCUUCCUGGGCCAUGUUGAUGCCACUUGGCAGGACCACUGCGAGCAGAUGCUUAUGAUACGGAGCAUAGCUUUGUACCUGGACCGUACUUAUGUCAUUCAGACCACCAACGUACGCUCCCUGUGGGACAUGGGCCUCCAGCUGUUCCGGAAACACUUGGCUGCGGUUCCUGAAGUGGAGGGAAAGACAGUGAAGGGCCUCUUAACAUUGAUUGAGCGUGAGCGGAUGGGCGAAACGGUGGACAGGGCUCUGCUGAAGAACCUGUCUCGAAUGUUUACAGCACUGAAUAUCUACACGGAAAGCUUUGAGAAGCCGUUCCUGGAGGAGACGGCAGCGUUCUAUCUAGCGGAGGGCACGCGGUACAUGCAGCAGACAGACGUCCCGGACUACCUGAAGCACGUCGAGGCGCGGCUGCACGAGGAGAAUGAGCGCUGCCUGCAGUACCUGGACGCGGCCACGCGCAAGCCGCUCAUCACCGCCGUCGAGGCGCAGCUGCUCUCGCAGCACGUGAAGCCCAUCCUGGAGAAGGGCUUCAACGUGCUGAUGGACGGGAACCGGGUCGCGGAUCUGCAGCGAAUGUAUGGCCUCUUCUCGCGGGUGGGGGCGCUCGACGUGCUGCGGCCCGCGUUCACUUCCUACGUCAAGGUUACUGGCCAGGCGCUUGUUUCGGACGAGGAGAAGGACAAGGAGAUGGUCUCGAACCUGCUGGACUUGAAGGCAAAGCUCGACAACAUCCUAGUGCAGAGCUUCGCUGGGAACGAGGCGUUUGGCAACUCCCUGAAGGAGGCGUUCGAGCACCUGAUCAACGUGCGGCAGAACCGGCCCGCGGAGCUGAUUGCCAAGUACAUAGACGCCCUGCUGCGCGCGGGGAACAAGGGUGCGUCCGACGAGGAGCUCGAAGCGACGCUCGACAAAGUGCUCGUGCUCUUCAGGUUCAUUCAGGGCAAGGACGUGUUCGAGGCCUUUUACAAGAAGGACCUGGCCAAGCGGCUGCUCAUCGGCAAGAGCGCGUCCAUUGACGCCGAGAAGUCCAUGAUCUCGAAGCUCAAAACGGAGUGCGGAAGUCAGUUUACAAACAAACUAGAGGGCAUGUUUAAGGACAUCGACCUGUCCAAGGACAUCAUAGAGUCGUUUAGGGAGUCGACGCUGGCGCGCACGAAGCUGCCGAGCGGCAUCGAGACAAGUGUACAUGUACUCACCAUGGGAUACUGGCCGUCCUACACGCCUGUAGAUAUGAAGUUGCCAAACGAGCUCAACGUGUACCAGGACGUGUUCCGGGAGUUUUACCUGAGCAAGCACAGCGGGCGGCGGCUAAUGUGGCAGAACUCGCUGGGGUCGUGCGUGCUCAAGGCCGACUUCCCCAAGGGCCGCAAGGAGCUGUCCGUGUCGCUCUUCCAGACCGUCGUGCUCAUGCUCUUCAACGACACGGACCGCCUCUCGCUCGCCGAGGUCCGCGACGCGACCGGCAUCCCCGACAAGGAGCUGCGCACCACGCUGCAGUCGCUCGCGUGCGGCAAGAUCCGGGUGCUCCUCAAGACCCCGAAGGGCAAGGACGUGAACGACGGGGACGUGUUCGAGUUCAACGGCGACUUCCAGGAGCGGCUGUUCCGCAUCAAGGUAAACGCCAUCCAGCUCAAGGAGACGCCCGAGGAGAACACCAACACCACGGAGAGGGUCUUCCAGGACCGCCAGUACCAGGUGGAUGCGGCAAUCGUCCGGAUCAUGAAGACGCGAAAGGUCUUGAGCCACACGCUUUUGAUCACAGAGCUCUUCCAACAACUGAAGUUCCCAAUCAAGCCCGCAGAUUUGAAAAAGCGUAUAGAGAGUUUGAUCGACCGAGAGUACUUAGAACGAGACAAAAACAAUCCCCAGGUGUACAAUUAUCUGGCGUAAGAAUAGAACGCAUGUUUGCGUCAUCUAUGGGGCGACGAGCAUGUCUUGUCUUGUUCCAGUCUGCGAAAUGCUCGAGUUAGCGGCUAGUAAUGCACUGCAUCUGCCCGGGCCGAGUCGAUGACGUUCAAUUUUCACCUAUAUAUACUGACUACUGAAAGCUGGCACAUUAGGGUAUAAUCGAUCCGAUGGCUGCGACAAGCCGCAGCAACCGUUGUGGCCACGAGUAAGAGGUCGUGCAGACUUAGCAUCAUGAACAUAGUCAGCGGCCGGCUUUGAGAGAUCAAUCUAGCUGCGGACAUGUGGAUGACACUGAAAGUUUUCGC